GUUUUUAACUUCCGGAAUUUGCCGGUGCACUGUCGACGAAAGUUUUCACAUGUUUACAUUAUGGGGGCAUCAAACAGCACCAGAAGGGUAGUUAUAGAAGAUUCAAGUGGUAGCGGCGUUGCAGUUACGGUAUCACAGUCUGUUGUUAGACGACUUAAAGGGGAAACAGAAUCUGAACCAAAGACUGAUCAUACUGAAACUAGAAGGGAACAAUUUAGUGAUUCCAUUACAGAAACAAGAAUCCCUAGGGAACCUUCACAAGAAGUCAAGAAAUUAGAGAGUUAUUAUCAAAGCAAACUUGCAGAAUUAGAAAAGAGGAAUGCAUCUUUAUUAAAACAAACUACAGCACAGUUUGCCGAAGCAGUACAGGAAGUAGAAAAGAAAUUCUUGAAAACAACAGGGCCUCAAGUAUGUACAGACUUACAGACCAAGGUUUACCAGUGUUAUCAAGCUAAUCCUGACCAGACUUUAGAAUGUUCUUCGGUUGUAAAAGCCUUUGUAGAUUGUGUAGAAAGGGCUAGACAAAAUGCACUUUUACGGAAAGGAUGACCUUAAACUAAGAAUAGAUGACUCAUAAGACUUUAAAUGCAUUUUAGAAGUUUUUGAAGUGGAAAUAAUCGUUUAAUGACUGAUGUAAAAUCUUGUUUGAUAUACGAAUUAUCAUGAUGUUUGAAGAUUGUGCCUGUUUUGUAAUAUGUGAACAAUUAUUAAAUAAUUGAUUAUU